AUGGCAGCCACAGCGUCAGCUGACUGGGCCCAGGAGGACAAGAGGCGCCUGCUGCACGCCGUCUACCGGGUGGGAGACCUCAACAAGACCAUCGAGGUCUACCAAAAGGCCUUUGGGCUGAAGCUCCUCCGCAGCCGUGAUGUUCCAGAUGAGAAGUACAGCAAUGCUUUCCUGGGCUAUGGUCCAGAGGAGGAUCACUUUGCAUUCGAGCUGACCUACAACUAUGGCAAGGACAGCUACGACAUUGGGGAGGGCUUUGGGCACUUUGCCAUUGCCACCAACGACGUGUACAAGCUUUCAAAAGACAUCAAGAAGGCGGGAGGGAACAUCACCCGCGAGCCUGGCCCGGUCAAGGGCGGGGACCUGGACAGGAGCAUCGACUUCUACACCCGGGUCCUGGGCCUGAAGCUGAUCAGGAAGCGGGAUAACCCGGAGUACAAGUACACCCUGGCCUUCCUUGGUUACAAGGGCGACGAGAGUGCUGAGACCGUCUUUGAGCUGACCUACAACUGGGGCCGCGACUCGUACACCAAGGGGGAUGCCUAUGCCCAGGUCGCCAUCUCCACCGAGGAUGUUUACAAGACUGGGGACCAGAUCAAGGCGGCAGGCGUGAGCCUGCUCAAGGAGCCCGGCCCGCUGCCUGGCCUGGGGACCAAGAUCCUGUCGCUGACCGACCCCGACGGGUACAAGAUCGUGUUUGUCGACACCGCCGACUUCCUCAAGGAGCUGGAGAAGUGA